GCGGCGUUGUUUCUCUCAGAGAAGAACAUGGCUGCCCUUUGAGCACAGAUUCAGCUUCAUAUUUACAUUUCAGCGUUUAUUCCGGAAUAAACACUGCCGACUGACUGUUUCACUGUUACCGCAGUGGGGAUGAAUAAUGAUAAGUAAAAAAUAAACUCUUUGAAUAACAGCGUGUUUGUUUUUGAGCUACAGGAGAAGCGGCAGCGGCACAAAGUGUUGACUAUAAUGUUUAUUAACGCGGUGAAGUCGGAGUGUGUUAAUGAGGUGAGAUAGCAGAGUGUUCGCUUCGGUGUUUAAACACUUCAUUAAUAAUCAUGUCCAUGUUCGGAGAUCUGUUUGAAGAAGAGGAAGCAGAGAGCACCACUAACAGCAUCACCCCGGGCAAAGGGAAGGUGUGUGAGCCACCGCCUCCUCGAGGGAAACUGAAGUUAAGUGGAAUUAGAAAUCAGGGAUCAACGUGUUACCUCAACUCACUACUGCAGACCCUGUUACACACACCUGAGUUUAGAGAGGAGUUGUUCAGAUUGGGACCUGAGGAGCUCGGCAAACUGGAGGAUAAAGACAAACCUGAUGCUACGGUGCGUGUUAUUCCUUUGGAGUUGCAGAAUCUGUUUGCUCGGUUGCUGUUGUUGAAUGAAGAAACAACGACAACUACAGCGCUGACGGAGAGCUUUGGCUGGACAAACAAUGAGGAGAUGGCUCAGCAGGAUGUUCAGGAGUUAAACAGGAUUUUGUUCAGUGCGUUAGAAUCGUCUCUGAUCGGGACGUCUGGCUCCAGUCUGAUACGGAGACUUUACCACGGAACGCUGAUCAACGUCAUCACCUGCAACGAGUGUCACAGUGUCAGUGAGAGACAGGAGGACUUUUUGGACUUGACAGUGUGUGUUCGGGGUGUGAGCAGCCUGGAGGAGGCACUGUGGAGCAUGUUUGUUGAGGAGGAAGUGUUUGAGGGAAAUAAUUUGUAUCGCUGCAGCCACUGUGACCAACUCGUCAAUGCUACCAAGUCUGCUAAACUGAGGAAGCUCCCCCCUUUUCUCACCGUGUCCCUGCUGCGCUUCAGUUUUGAUUUUGAGAAGUGUGAGAGGUUUAAAGAGACAAGAAGGUACAGCUUCCCGCUCAGCAUCAACCUGCGGCCCUUCUGUGAACAGUCGGAGCAGCCAGACUCUGAACUGUCCUAUGAGCUCUUCUCCAUCAUCAUACACAAAGGUGGAUGUUAUGGAGGACAUUACCAUGCCUACAUCAAAGACAUCGACCAGCUUGGCCACUGGGAGAUGCCUGAGGAUGAUAUGAAGCAGAAGAAGCAGAAAGUGCAGGUGAAGCCCUGCAGUGUGAGUGUGUGUGAUUCUGCGGUGGAGAAGGACAUUCCUCUGUCUGUGCUAACGACUGUACUCGCUCAGGAGUCAGGCAGUGUAUUGUUGGAUCAGCUUGGUCAGAAGUUGAUGGAGAAAAUUGGCUGUUCCUGGAAUAAGAAGUACAAGAAACAGUACGGUCCAAUCAGAAAGUUUCUGCAGUCUAACCCUGACCUGUUUGUGUUGCUGCUGAACGGCUCCCGUGUGGCUCUCAGAAAUCCAUCAGAAACUCCUGAGCAGGGGGCGGAGCCAAAAUCAGUAGUAGAGAGUGCACAAGAAGAGUCAGAGGUGGGAUCCGGGUCAGGUUUAGAGGCGGAGUCUGUGAGGGGGCACUGGUUUGAUCUGAAUGACUCGACAGUGACUGCGAUCAGAGAGAGUGACAUCAUCAAACAGUAUGAGGGGAAAGAGAGCGCGUACAUGCUGUUCUACAGGAAACGUACACUGCAGAGACCACGCCAUGCAUUGGGUAAUCCUGCCUUUGGAGUUCCUGCUCACCUGCUGCAGAUGGUACAGGAGGAAAACACCAGGCUUCAGCAGAGGAGGACAGAGUUUGAAGUCACCAGUAACACUAUUGACGUCCGGCUCCACUUCGCUUCUCAUUACUGCAUAGAGAACGGAACACUAAAGCUCCUCAACACACACACGGACACACACACCUUCACCCUGAGCUUCGACCGCAGGAGGACCGUGGGAGACCUGAGGCUGGCUGUCUACCAGAUGCAGGAUGCAUGGGAAGGGGACAUGGCACUGACGAUCGCUAAGAAUCUGCCAGCAGGACUACACCUGUAUGACACGCUGACAGAUGAUCAGCAGUCUUUGUACAGUGCUGGAGUGUAUAACGGCUCUGAUCUGUUUGUUUGGAAUGGGACCGAGGUGAAUGGUGUGUGUGUGCAGACCGGAGCUGAAUGUGAACCAUUGCUGUUGAACAUCCUGAGGCCAGGUGGGGCGGAGCUGGACUCCAUGGGCGUGGCUGGUGUUGAGUCGGUGGGCGAAACCUCAGAAGCGGAUGUCUCUGGUCUUGUGCAUACGAUGCAGGGGUUUUCAGGCAGAGUCACGCUGAGCGGGGUCCGGGAGGUUCUCAGCCUGCAGGAGGCUCUGGUGUGUCAGAAGGCCGAAGGUGUGGGUCCUGUUGGAGAAGGAGGUGGGGCCAGCAGGUGGAAGGUGUGUUCAGCUGAAGCCAUGAGGAGGACACUGAGAGAACUCGCACUGAGGGACGGAGACACGCUGCUGCUGCUGCCACACACACACCUGAACAACAGUGUAUUCAGUGUUAGUGAAGAUGUGGUUACCGUGAUGACACCAUCAGACUGUCGCUGGCUGCAGGUGGAGUUUCUCACACACAUGAUGCAGGAGGAGGAGAAACUGAUGAAGAUUCCUGCUGCAGGAAGCACUUUGCUGAGUGAGGUGAAACAGAGAGCACUGGAUGAGAUGCAACUUCAGGAAAACUUCACAGGUGGUGUGUGUUGUUUGAGACAGAGAGACCGAACAGGGAAACUUUUACCUCCAGUCCGUGAAGACCUCAGUGUGCGUGAUGCAGGUAUCAAGUUGAUGACAUCACUGUGUCUGUGUCCUGGACACGCCCCAAAUGCCUCACAGCUCUUCCUGUUCUUCACCGUGGCGCCACCUACAGGCCCAGAGCUGGAGAUCAUUGUGGAGGAGACGCUCACUGUGAAGGAGUGUUUGAUGGCAAUGCUGCAGGAGGCUGAACUCAAAGGAACGUGUUGGCACUUGAGGAGGAUGGAUUGGUGUGAGGAGGUUGGGGAGCCUCUGAUGGAUGAGAAUGCGUCUCUGUUGGACGUGGGCGUGGUUAAUGGAGACACAUUGGUGAUCACGGAGGGACAGCUUCCUCCAAAGGGAUUUUUGAAGUUAGCAGUGAGCUGGUUUAUGGAUCCAAAUGAUGAGUGUGAGAGAAAUUACACUAUAGAAUCUCACACUGCAGGGCUGCAGUCUGUUGGUUGUGUUGAAAUUUCGGAAGAGGCCUCACUACACCAGCUCAGGUGUCAGGUGCUGACUCUGCCUGCACUUGUGCAGGUGUGUGUACCAUCUCCUGAAUUUCUACGUGUUUGGUUAGUGGAGGGAAAAAAACUCAUCAGAAUUCUCAGAGGAAACCAACUCACACUCAGGAAGUUGAAGUUGUCUGUGGGAUCUGAGGUGUGUGUCCAAAAGCUGCACUGUGAGGAAAACCUUGGGCUGAAGGACAUCCUGCUGUGUCUGCGAGUGGGUGUGGCCAAAGAAGAAGUGGGCAUGUCUGAAAAGAGUGCUUAUUUCCCCACUCAUGAAUUUGUAUGGAAGGCGGGGCUGGACUCCUCCCCCAGGGGGUUGUACCAUGCAGUCUCUGCCCACUGCAGAAUCUCACCUGAGAACCUGCUGCUCGCUAAACACCUGCCUGAACAGCACACCUGGAUUACCAUCAACCACACGAGUCAGUUGAUGUCCAAACAGAAGAAGAAGAAACAGAAUAAGAGUAACAGUAAAGGAGUGAACCUGCAGGGGGCACCGUACUACUUGAGAGACGGAGACACUAUAGCUGUGAAGAAUCUCUGCAUUGACAGUGAUCGGGAGUUCGGUACAGUAAAAAGGGAAGAACAAACACUCGGAGAGCAAACGGAGCAAAGAAGGCACAGUAAGCGCUCAGAGAAAAAAAGGAACAGGAAGCCAGAAGUGGCCUUGUCAAUCAACGUGGGUGUGUUCAGAUAGCCCUGCCCACAACCCAGGCCACACCCACAAUCAACUGGGAGCUGCCCAUUGGUGCCAUUCUGAGAUUCUCAGCCAAUCCGAGAGCUGCUAAAUCAGUGUUGGGUUACACGGGGUCAGUGUGAGAGAAACGCCCUGCCACAAAGAAUCAUGGGUAAUCCAGGAUGGGGGGAGGGGGUGCUGUCACUUAUUCACACUGUGAUGUAACGGUAGGACCGUCCCCUGCUGGGGAUUAUGGGUAAAAUCGUGUGAUUGUUGACUCUGAUCCAGGAUGUAUUAACCUUUAACGAGCUUUAACGGUGAUGGCAUCACUGAUGAUGUCACAAAGGAGACCGCCCCUUAGACUUGUUUAUCUGAUUGAACUGUAAGCAAAAUGUGUGUGAGAAUUAUAUAAUGAUUAUGUUAAUUAAUUACAUUGUUACAUUGAGGAACCUCUGUACAGUGUUUAAUCACACACACACUUUCUGUUGAUUUUAAUUGAAUUGAGAUGAAUCUUGUGUUGAUGAUGAAACAGUUAAUUUGUCAUUUUUACUGUCUGAUUUUUUUUUUCACCAUUUUGAACAUUUUUUUUUAGUUUAAUUUCGGAUUGUUCAAAUUUAAAAUCUAAAAAUAAAAUCUUGUCUGAAAAAUCGUCUGUCACAUUUCAGUAUUAAAGGGAACUUUUCAUGAAAAACGUCUUAAAUGUCGUCUCUGAGUGGAGACUCGAAGUGCAGCCUGUAAGUAGAGUUAGUGAAACUGAUUCUUUAUCUGUAACAGCAUGUUCCUAAGGGUUUUGUUCCUAAGGGUUUUAUUCCUCUUAUACCACAGCAACUUACCAAUAAUUAUGAUUUUAUU